GACGUUUUAAAAAAGUGCCCAGUGUAAGGUCGACCUCAUUAAUGUUAUAAAGUCAUAAGAACAUUUAUAUUAAUUGAUAUAUUGUUGGUUCAUGUGGUUUUAACUGUUAAUUAAAUAAUUGAUUAUCUCCACAACAAUGCCUGAAAACUGUAAUAAUUUAAAAUGGACAGAAGCACGAGACUUACUAAGAAUGUGGAGAGAAAACUCGGAACGAAAAAGUCGGGAAAUUGUAGACAUUUGGGAUUCCUUACUGUUAGAUAAAAUGGAAAAACUUGGAAAUGAAAAAUACCUAAUAUUGGAGCAAGUUUGCGUGGCUGCGUUGGAUUGCCACAGAUUACCUUUAGCCGAAUAUACUAGUAAAAUAUUAAUGAAAGAAUUUCCUGGUAGUUUAAGAGUACACAAAUAUCAUGCCAUGCAUUUGGAAGCUCUGGAAUUAUAUGAUGAAGCAUUAGAGGUUUUGGAAUCAAUAAUAAAAAGAGAUGAAACUAAUGCAGCACCAAGAAAACGCAAAGUAGCUAUUUUCAAAGCUCGUGGUAAAACGGCUGAAGCCAUUAAAGAGCUCACAGAAUACCUGAAAGUGUUUAUGAGUGAUCAAGAAGCUUGGUAUGAACUCUGUGAUUUGUAUUUAAAAGAACAAGAAUAUGCUAAAGCUGCAUUUUGUAUGGAAGAGUUGAUUCUUCACAAUCCACAUAACCACCUUAUUUACCAAAGAUAUGCAGAAAUAAAAUAUUCACAAGGUGGUUUUGAAAAUAUUGAAACAGCCAAAGUAUACUUUAGUCAAGCAGCCAAAUUGAACCCCAAUAACAUGAGGGCUCUCUAUGGCUUGUUAUUAUCUGCUAACUACAUCGCAACAUCUUCAAAGUGCCCUUUAUCAAAGAAAAAAGAAGCAAUCAAACUAAGUGAGUGGACAGCAAGUCAAAUUGAGAAACAGUACAAAACUAAAGUUUUCGAUAAUAGUAGUAUUGAAAAUUUGGAAAGUUUGAUAGGAAAAUUGCACUUAGAUGCAUAAAUUAUAUAUUUAUACAUAGAUAAUUAAAAUCACUUUUAAUUCAAUUUAUUGCUUUUUUAGAGCAAUCCUUGAUUAAUUAUAGUAACUUUAUUUCUACUAUUGUUUCUUAAGAAUAAUUAGUACUCAAUGCAUUUAUAGAUUGGUUUAACAAAACAAAAAUAAAUUUUUUUUUACUU